CAACGACAGCAUCGUAUUUCCAGAUUGAAAUCCAGACAGCUAGAAGAGAAUAUGGAGAACCAGGAGAAUAAACGGCCUCUCGUGGAGGAUACAAACGUGCGAGUGCUUCGGGAAACGGAAGCGUCGCAGGCACCUGACGACCAGGCGGACUACCCCUUAGCAGGAGCCAACUCCAUCUACUCAGCCAUCCUUAGCAGGAACGAGGCCGUCAAGGAUGCCAAGCGUCUCAAGACAUUCAUGGAGCUGCGAGAUAAAUACGUCAAGAAGAAGGUGCUCUUUGAGGACCCUCUUUUCCCGGCCUGCGACUCCUCACUCUUCUACAGCCACCACAAGCCCCCCAUGACGUUUGUGUGGAAACGACCUUCAGAAAUAUGUGAAAAGCCUCAAUUCAUUGUGGAUUCAGCCAACAGGACAGACAUCUGUCAGGGAGAGUUGGGUGACUGCUGGCUGCUGGCCGCCAUUGCUUGUCUGACUCUGAACGAGAAGCUUCUUUACAGAGUGAUUCCUCCGGAUCAGAGCUUCACGGAAAACUACGCGGGAAUCUUUCAUUUCCAGUUCUGGCGUUACGGCGAAUGGAUCGAUGUGGUCGUCGACGACCGCAUCCCCACCUACAACAACCGUCUGGUGUUCACCAAAUCCUUUCGUGAGAACGAAUUUUGGAGCGCCCUUCUGGAAAAAGCCUACGCCAAGCUGAAUGGUUCUUACGAGGCCUUGAGAGGAGGUAAUACUCUGGAAGCCAUGGAAGACUUCACAGGUGGAGUCACCGAGUUCUUUGAGUUGUCUGAGGCACCUAAAGGGAUCUAUAAGAUCAUGAAGAAAGCCCUGCAGAGAGGCUCGCUGAUGGGCUGCUCCAUUGAUGUUACCUCGCCUAGUAAAAUGGAGUCCAAAACUGAACUUGGACUGGUCCAAGGACACGCCUACUCCAUCAUCGCCUUGGAGGAGUGUGAUGAGGUUGCAAAAGACAGCAAAAUUCGCCUAAUCCGACUACGCAAUCCUUGGGGUCGAGUACUAUGGAAGGGACCGUGGAGUGCCAGUUCAAAGGAAUGGUCAACUAUUUCUAUUGCAGAUAGGAACAACCUUAAAAAGCAAACUGUUGAGCAAAGUGAGUUCUGGAUGUCAUUUGACGACUUCAAGAAGAACUUCACUAAGCUUGAGAUCUGCAACUUGACCCCCGACACGCUGCACGGUGAUGAAAGGCACAGCUGGAACGUGUCCGUCAACGAGGGUCGAUGGGUCCGAGGCAGCUCUGCGGGGGGCUGUAGAAACUUCCCAGAUACCUUCUGGACCAAUCCUCAGUAUCACUUGCAACUGUACGAGAAUGAAGACCCAGAGGACCCGCAGGAACUCUGCACAGUUGUUGUGGCGCUGAUGCAGAAAGGUCGUCGCAGUAAGAAAGAGCUAGGGCCCAGGUUCCUUACGAUCGGAUUUUCCAUCUAUGAGGUGCCAAAAGAGACGGGUGGCCGGAAUCGACAUCUCCAGAAGGACUUCUUCUUGUAUAACGCCUCCAAGGCGAAAUGCAAACAUUACAUCAAUAUGCGUGAAAUCACCGAACGCGUCAGGCUCCCCCCAGGAGAAUACGUCGUCAUCCCGACGACGUUUGAGCCUCAUGAAGAAGGCCAGUUCAUUCUGAGAGUCUUUUCCGAGAACAGGAGCACCUCUGAGGAAGCGGAGAACACAAUCGGGACUGAUCAAACCCGGCCUAUUGUGUAUGUGUCCGAUCGAGCAUUCGCCAACAAAGAAAUCCUGCAUGACGGCAUUCAGGGGGAGAAGAAGCCCAAAAAAAAACUUCUUCAGCCUGAGGAAGAAACUGAAGAGGAAAAAGAGUUCCGUGUCAUCUACAAAAAAAUAGCCGGCGAGGAUAUGCAAAUCACCGCCAAUGAGCUCCAGACCAUUAUGAAGGACGUGGUCUCCAAACUACACGAAAAGGCCAUGGAGGGUUUCAGCCUGGAGACAUGUCGAAGUAUGAUAGCACUGAUGGAUACAGAUGGGACAGGAAAACUAAAUUUCCAGGAGUUUAAACACUUGUGGAGAAAAAUUAAGCAAUGGCAUGUGAUCUUCAAAAGUUACGACAAACAACAAAGCGGCUCAAUCAGCAGUUUCGAAAUGAGAAACGCGGUUACUGACGCAGGCCUCCACCUCAACAACCAGUUGUAUGACAUCAUCGCCAUGCGCUACGCAGACAAGCAACUUAACGUCGACUUUGACAGUUACAUCUGCUGUUUUGUCAGACUGGAGGGCAUGUUCAGGGCUUUCAAUGCUUUUGACAAGGAUGGAGAUGGGCUAAUCAAACUUAAUGUGCUGGAGUGGCUUCAGCUGACCAUGUAUUCUUAAACAUCUCCACGCAUGACCCGGCAACUCUUACAACAUACAAAGUCUUAAUGGACAAUUCUCAUUGGUCCUUAUGAUUUUGUAAUAAUUUAUGGAAUUACGCAACGUUAUCAGUUUGUAGUUGAGUUUCUAGCGAUAAUAAAACCUUUUGUUUGGUGAACAGUU